AUGAGAUUCUGUGCCUCAGCGGGUGAAAGAGCUGAUCCUGUGGAGAUCACCGAGUGUAUCGUCCCUCCCCCACCUCGACUUGCGAUAAAAACACGAUCGAACUAUACUAUAUUAUACUAUAUGCUAUACUGUAUAGAAGAAAACGAAUUCCUGGUAGUCGAUUACGAAUCCUAUACAACUCUGGACAGUGUGACCACUCCAUUCUCGGAAGAUCGCCAAUCGCUGCUCGAUGAACAGUUUGCUCUGGAUGAUGCAAGAAGACAGUCGGAAACUUCCAUUCCGCCCGUAGUCCACCCUCGCCCACCGCUCCCAGUGGCUCCGGAAACUGUACCGACCUCCGUACCGCGACAAUCUCCACCACCGGAGAAUGUUGUGUCCAAGACUGUCACCGUUCGGUCGGGUGAACAGAUCCAGUUCAACGCGUCGUUCACAAUCUCAGGUCCGGUAGCGUAUGAAGUUGAGUGGCUCAUGAACGGAGCACCCAUUCCACGGCAUCUGGACGCUGAUAUGAUUUUGUCCGACUCCGAUACUCGAUUGCUGAUAGCUCACGCAGAACCAUCCAUCCAUACAGGCACUUUUGCUUGUCGCUGUCGUCUGUUUGAAGGUACGGAAACCGCGGUGUAUUUUUACGUGAACGUCCUGCCAAAAGAAACGACAGACGAGUUCGAGGAAGAGGAGGAUAGCGAAGACCGUAAAUCAAAAGAAGGCAAACUGGAACUCAGUCACGUUGCGGACAGUUCCGCAAUGCUACAAGAAGCGCCCAUAGCUUUGAUAGUGGACCAUUCCGAGGCUGCUCCUCCAGUGGUCCAGGAGCAAGAUUUACCGGAACUAGGAGCAGAAAAGAGUAAAGCUUCUUUCCUCAGUGCAUCACCUCUCACUGCAGACGUUGCGAUCGGUCAGGUGUUAGAAUUGCGUGUCAAAGUUGAUCGUCAGAAAGCCAAGGAUAUCGUUCUAUCAGCUCAAACUUCCGAUAAGCAAAUCGACUGGGAACAUGCGUUGCCCGAAUGGCGUCGUGACAAUCAGCCACUGAAAGCUAGUGCCAAGUGUCGGAUGUUUGAGGAAGGUGACACGGCAGUUUUACAGAUGGUCACCUCUGAGUGUGCACCGAAUACGCAAUCCACGUACAGUUUUGCACUUCAUCUGUCCGAUCAACAAGAACCCUACCAAAUUCAAAUCCCGGUCCACAUACAUCCACCGACUGAGGAUGAGCUAAAUGCCGGUUUCAUCCCCGUGGACAAUUUGUUGUCGAUGCCGAAAUCCGGGAUGCGCAAAGCGGUGAGCAUAAGCGAAAUGUUGGACAUCCAGUUAAUUCAAGGUCAAAAGUUUCGUCUGAUUGCGCAACUGGAGAACAAACCACUCAGUGAUGAACCAUCGAUUUGGUGGACAUUGAACGGCACUCCGAUCGCCAGUCGCGGACGCGUAGAUGGGGACCGGUUAGAUCAGAGUGAAUUCCGUUGUUUUUUGAAUCGAUCUAAUCUCACCGUGAAGCUGACCAAACCAGCAGUGAAUCAAGCCGAUGCGGGAUUGUACACAUGUUGGUUGGACGAUUCCCACGGGGGUACGGGUCCGGCGAAAAAAGUUAUCGAAUACUCAGUUACUGUGCUGGUCGCGGAUGAGGACGGUUAUUUCGAUACGGAUGAUAUUUUUGUCGAAUCAGAUGAUGAAAAUGUGAUCGUGAUGAAAAAGCCCGGAUCAAAUGAAAUUGAUCAGGAAUCGGCACAGACGAAGGAGAUGCUGACGGCAAAAGAGGAAUCAGACAAAACCGAGGAGGAAACGUUUGAACUCGUUGACGAUCAGCUGGAGUUUGGCAAAGCAGAUAGACUAAAUACCGAAAAGGGAUUGACCGUGGAGGAGAGCGAGACUCAUCAGACGGAGGCCGAAAUUUCGGUCCCCGUUGAACAGCAGUUACCAUACGAAGAAAAGGAAAUUACAAAAGAGGCAGACAAAGAUAAGGGAGGAAAACCAGAAGUUGAACAAGGUAAACCAGUGCACGAGAAAGAGAAGGAAUGGAUGCCCGACGACGAGGACACCGAAUCGCAUGAAACGAAUGCAAUGGCGAUAAAUGAUCAGGGAGAUAAAGAAGAAGAUGGAGCUGUACGUGUAGCAUCGGAAACAACGAUGAUGAAGGAGAACUAUAAACAGGAAAAGGAAGAGACAAUAACAGAUGAAGAACAAAACAGAAAGAAGAUAGAAGAAAAGAAGGAGAGGAAACGACUGGAAGAGGAAAAGAGGAAGAAGGAAGAAGAAGAGAAGGAAAAGAAACGAUUAGAAGAAGAAAGGAGGAAGAAGGACGAGGAAGAGAAGGAAAAGAAACGAUUGGAAGAAGAAAAGAAGAAGGAGGAAGCUGAGAAAGAGAAGCAAAGGUUGGAAGAGGAAAAGAGGAAGAAGGACGAGGAAGAG